UAAAGCAGCGUUGAGAGGCGCAGCCCAGCUUUCACAGGCAGCUAGCCUCCCGAGGUAGUACAGACUGACACACACAGAGAAAUAGAAUAUAUUUAUUUUGAAAAAAGAACAAGAACAAGAACAAGAACAAAACCCUGCACUGAUUCUACUAAAUACACCUCCAAAACAAAAGAAAGCGAGACUUGAGAAAAAUCUCCUGGAAUUUGAAAGACAGCCUAUGAGUGGAGCCAGAAUGGAAGAUAUUGUGGUAGCAGGAAUUGCAGGAAGACUGCCAGAGUCGGACAACCUGCAGGAAUUUUGGGAUAAUCUCGUCAAUGGCAUUGACAUGGUAACAGAUGAUGACAGACGAUGGAAGCCAGGACUAUAUGGGCUCCCUCACAGAAGUGGGAAACUGAAGGACAUCAGCAAAUUUGAUGCCUCCUUUUUUGGUGUCCACCCCAAGCAAGCGCACACAAUGGACCCACAGCUCAGGAUCAUAUUGGAGACUGCAUAUGAAGCUAUUGUCGAUGGAGGUAUAAAUCCUACUGCAAUACGAGGUACUAACACUGGAGUUUGGGUCGGUGUCAGUGGAUCUGAGGCAGCUGAAGCUUUCAGUAGAGACCCAGAGGAGUUGCUAGGAUACAGCAUGACUGGCUGUCAACAUGCCAUGUUUGCAAAUAGGCUGUCAUACUUUUUCGACUUGAAAGGUCCUAGUAGUUCCAUUGAUACUGCUUGCUCAUCCAGUCUGCUGGCGCUGGAAAAUGCCUUCCAGGCAAUUCGUCAUGGCCAGUGUGAUUCAGCCCUUGUAGGAGGGGUCAAUCUCCUGCUGAAACCCAAUACAUCAGUACAGUUCAUGAAACUGGGCAUGCUCAGUCCUGAUGGUUCAUGCAAGUCCUUCGAUGCUUCAGGUGAUGGGUAUUGUCGAUCUGAAGCAGCUGUGGUUGUCCUUUUGACCAAAAGAUCAGCAGCCAAACGAGUCUAUGCUACAAUUGUUAAUGCAGGAAGCAACACUGAUGGUUAUAAAGAACAGGGUGUAACAUACCCCUCCGGAGAAAUGCAGCAGAGAUUAAUGAAAGCGGUUUAUGAGGAAGCAGGUAUCUCACCUGCUGAUGUGGAAUAUGUUGAAGCACAUGGUACAGGAACCAAGGUUGGUGACCCACAGGAGUUGAAUGGAAUAGUGAAUGUUUUUUGCCAAUUUGAUCGCAGGCCCUUAUUGCUGGGAUCGACAAAAUCAAACAUGGGCCACCCAGAGCCUGCAUCGGGAUUGGCUGCUUUAGCAAAGGUUGUACUCUCUUUGGAACAUGGUCUGUGGGCUCCCAAUAUUCACUACAAAACUCCCAAUCCUGAUGUCCCAGCCCUGCAGAAUGGAUGUAUCCAAGUAGUGACUGAACCUAUCCCUGUGAAAGGUGGAAUUGUGGGUGUUAAUUCCUUUGGAUUUGGAGGUUCCAAUGUUCAUGUCAUUCUGCGUCCUAAUGUAAAGAGAGUUUCUCCUUCGAAGCCCCUGGCACUUCCACGUCUGGUCCAAGUAUGUGGCCGUACCCCUGAAGCUGUUGAAAUACUGAUUGAGCAAAGCAGACAACGCAGCAACGAUGUGAAUUUUUUGAGCCUGCUGAAUGAUAUUUCUACAAUGCCUGUCUCUGCAAUGCCCUAUCGAGGUUACACACUGAUCGGAAGUGAAAUGGAUGCUAAAGAAGUCCAGCAAGUGCAGUCUUCUGGAAGAUCACUUUGGUAUAUCUGUUCAGGCAUGGGAGCGCAGUGGAUUGGAAUGGGUCGCACUCUGAUGAAAUUGGACAUAUUCCGUGAAUCCAUUCUGCGCUCUGACAAAGCACUAGAAACGACUGGUUUGAAAAUAUCUGAACUCCUUGUGAGUGCUGAAGAUACAACAUUUGAUGAUACUGUGCAUGCCUUUGUAGCUCUCGCUGCCAUUCAGAUUGCUCAAAUAGACAUGUUGAAGGCUCUAGGUCUGCAACCAGAUGGCAUUGUUGGGCACUCAGUGGGGGAGCUGGCCUGUGGCUAUGCUGAUGAUUCACUAACUCAUGAGGAAGUUAUACUAGCUGCCUACUGGAGGGGGCGCUGCAUCAAGGAGGCCAAAUUGCCAGCGGGAGCAAUGGCUGCUGUUGGGCUGACCUGGAAUGAAUGUAAGAUACAAUGUCCAGAGGGAGUUGUCCCAGCCUGCCACAAUGCAGAGGAUACUGUCACCAUCUCUGGACCACAGGAAGCUGUGAGUAAGUUUGUGGCCAAGCUGAAGGAGGAUGGGGUCUUUGCAAAAGAAGUUCGCAGUGCAGGAGUUGCAUUCCAUUCCUACUACAUGGCUUCCAUCGCCCCGACACUUCUAAAUGCACUGCAGAAGGUUAUAACUGUCCCCAAACUCCGUUCUGCUCGCUGGAUCAGUACUUCAAUCCCAGAGUCCAAAUGGGGCAGUGAUCUGGCCAGGUUCUCCUCUGCUGAGUAUCACGUAAACAAUCUGGUGAGCCCUGUCCUAUUCCAGGAAGGACUGCAGCAUAUUCCGGAUAAUGCUGUUGUGGUUGAGAUUUCUGCUCAUGCCCUGCUUCAGGCCAUUCUGAAACGAAGUUUGAAGCCAACUUGUCUUAUGAUCCCUUUGAUGAAGCGAGGGCACAGCAAUAACCUGGAGUAUUUCUUAUCUCACAUCGGCAAAAUCUAUGCAAGUGGGGCAAACCUGGAUUCCAACAAGCUAUUCCCACCUGUGGAGUAUCCAAUCCCUGCUGGAACCUCCUUAAUAUCCCCUCACAUCACAUGGGACCACAGCCAAACCUGGGAUGUACCCAAGACUGAAGAUUUCUCCUCUGGUUCUGGAGGGUUAGCAGCGGCUACGGUAUUUAACAUUGAUGUGAGCCCCGAAUCUCCAGAUAGUUAUAUAGUUGACCAUUGCAUCGAUGGGAGAGUACUUUAUCCAGCCACUGGAUAUCUAGUUCUGGCCUGGCGAGCACUGUUACGACUGACUGGAGCUGUUAUGGAACAGACACCUGUAAUAUUUGAAGAUGUAGUUAUACACCGGGCAACCAUCCUUCCAAAAACAGGCUCCAUACAGCUUGAAGUGCGGCUUAUGCCAGCAUCAAAUAGAUUCGAGGUCUCGGAGAACAACAGCCUGGCUGUUAGUGGGAAAAUAUCUGUUUUGGAAGAAACAGCCCUAAAUGACUUUAGAAAUCAGCUAAAUGCAAGUGCAAAGUUUGAAGAUACAGACACGACUUUCCGCCUCUCUCCAAGAGAUGUUUAUAAAGAGCUGCGCCUACGAGGGUAUGAAUAUGGAAAAAAAUUUCAGGGAAUCUUAGAAACAAACAAUGCUGGAGAUAAAGGAAGGUUGCUGUGGUCUGGGAACUGGGUGACACUUUUGGAUACCAUGUUGCAGAUGAUUGUGGUCGGGCUAUCAGGCCGCAGCUUGAGAAUACCAACGCGGAUUCGCUCUGUGUGUAUCAAUCCACAACUUCAUGAAGAGAAAGUCCAAGAUUACCAGGAAAAUAGAAAAGCUGUGGCUGUCACUGUGAAUCGUUGCCUUGACAACAUUGUAGCAGGAGGUGUCCAGAUCAGUGGGUUGCACGCAACAGUAGCUCCACGACGCCAGCAGCAACAGACGCAACCCAUUCUGCAGGAGUUCCACUUCACCCCAUAUUUUGAGAAUGACUACCUGAUUAGUAAUGAGAAACUUCGCUCCUGCCUAGCACAGUGCAAAGGUUUUAUGCAGAAGCUACAGGACAAAUUGUCCAAUCAUGGACUGAAGCUUUCUUUCUCUGGUCUACCAACUGGUGGAACCACUGCUGCUAGCAACACUGGAUCAGAGAAAGGACUCCUGCACAUGCUUGAUGUACUGUGUGCUCUAGACCUGAAUGGGAAUCUUUGGUCAGAACUGCAGCAAACAGUGGAGACUGAGAAAGAUUGUCUACGUGAGGAUGAGUUACUGAAUGGACUACUGGAUAGCCCGGCACUGAAAAUCUGCCUUGAUAUCUCCUUGGAAAACAUAGUGAACAAAAAGAUGAAGAUCAUAGAGGUUUCAGCUGCCAGUGGAAACUUGUUCUCUCGCAUUGUUCCUUUACUGAACAACCAGCCAGUCAUCCAUCUUGAUUAUAUUGCCACUGAUCUGAACCCUGAUUCUUUGUCAGCCAAUCAGAAUCAGCUCCAGGAGCUGGGUGUUUCCAUCGAUCAGUGGAAUCCCCUGAAUCUUCCCUCCUCCAAUCUGGCCAAUGCUCAGCUAGUUACCUGUAACAGUUCAGCGUUUCUUUUUGAGGACCCUCAGACUGUUGUCACCAAUAUGGCUGCUGCCUUGAAAGAUGGUGGAUUUUUGUUGCUGCACACCCUUCUGAAAGGUGAAAUCCUGGGCGAGACGAUUGCCUUCCUUACAGGAAAAGACCCUAAGCAAUCUCAGGGGCUUCUAACACAGAGCGAGUGGGCAGAGGUAUUUGAUCAGGCCUCGCUUGACGUGAUUAGCAUGAAGAAAUCGUUCUACGGUUCUGUCAUGCUCUUGGGACGCAAGAAGACUGAACCCAAGAACCCAGUGUUCCUGGCAGCCGACCCAACGGAUUUCAGCUGGAUUGAGCCUUUGAAAAAGAUCUUAGAAGACCCUUCAGAGGAUCCAGUCUGGCUUACGGUCAAUAAUUGUGGCAAUUCAGGAAUCGUUGGAAUGGUGAAUUGCCUUCGCCAGGAACCAUAUGGGCAUAGAAUACGGUGUAUAUUUGUAACAAAUUUAAUCUCUUCCUCGUCUGUUCCAUCCUUGGAUGCUUGUGGAAAGGACAUGAAAGCCAUUCUCCAAAAUGACUUGGUGAUGAAUGUCUACCGCGAUGGACGUUGGGGGAGUUUCCGACACAUUUUCACACAAGAUCAAAAUAAAGAACAGACGGAGUUUGCCUAUGUAAAUGUGCUGACUCGUGGAGACUUGUCAUCCCUCUGUUGGAUUUUAUCACCACUGCAACACUUCACUUCCAAUGAUCCUAACAUUCAGUUGUGCAAGGUGUAUUUUGCUUCCCUCAAUUUCCGUGACAUCAUGCUGGCAACGGGCAAGCUGCCACCUGAUGCCAUCCCUGGUGAUGCAGCUUUGCAGCACUGCCUGUUAGGAAUGGAAUUUUCAGGUCGUGACCCCAGAGAGAGGAGAGUGAUGGGACUGCUCCCUGCCAAGGGAUUGGCAACAGUUGUUGAUUGUGACAUGCGAUUCCUGUGGGAUGUCCCAGAAAGUUGGACUUUGGAGGAGGCUGCUUCAGUGCCAGUUGUUUAUGCUACUGCAUAUUAUGCACUAGUGGUGAGAGGUCGCAUUAAGAAGGGUGAGAGUGUACUUAUCCAUUCGGGAUCAGGUGGAGUUGGACAGGCUGCCAUUUCUAUUGCCCUCAGUUUGGGUUGUCGUGUCUUUGCUACUGUUGGUUCAAUGGAAAAGCGUGUAUAUCUUCAGCAACGUUUCCCACAAUUGAAUGACGAAUCUUUUGCAAAUUCAAGAGACACUUCCUUUGAGCAGCAUCUGCUGCGCGCAACUGGUGGCAAAGGAGUGGACCUGGUACUGAAUUCACUAGCUGAAGAGAAACUGCAGGCCAGUCUCCGUUGCCUGGCUCGACAUGGACGUUUCCUUGAGAUCGGCAAAUAUGACCUUUCUAAUAACAAUCCACUUGGUAUGGCUGUCUUCCUGAAGAAUAUUGCAUUCCAUGGAAUUCUCCUGGAUGCACUGUUUGAAGAAGGAAACAAGGAAUGGGAAGAAGUAUCUGAGCUCCUGAAGGAUGGAAUACGCAGUGGAGUGGUCAAACCUUUGAAGACCACAGUGUUCGACCGAGAUGAUGUGGAGUCUGCUUUCCGUUUUAUGGCACAGGGCAAACAUAUUGGAAAAGUUGUGCUGAAGGUUCGAGAAGAAGAAGGUAGAUCCCCUUCUGCACAUUCAGAACAGCUCGCCAUUGCUGCUGUCCCCCGUACUGCCUGUCCUGCAUCAAAGUCAUACAUCAUCACAGGAGGUCUCGGAGGGUUUGGUUUGGAGCUGGCAAAUUGGCUGAUCGAGAGAGGUGCUCACAAACUUGUCCUGACGUCUCGCUCUGGAAUACGCAAUGGGUACCAGGCUAAGCGGGUUCGUGAAUGGAGGGAUAUAGGCAUUGAAGUCCUCAUUUCUACCAGUGAUGUCUGCUCUUUAGAGGGUACACAGCAUCUUAUUGCAGAAGCCUCUGGUCUUGGCCCUGUGGGUGGCAUUUUCCAUCUUGCCAUGGUCUUAAAAGAUGGCAUGUUGGAGAAUUUGACUCCUAACCUCUUCAAGGAUGUUAAUCAGCCCAAGUACAAUGGCACAAUUCACCUGGACAGGGUCAGUAGGGAGAAAUGCACGGCACUUGAUUAUUUUGUUGUCUUCUCUUCUGUGAGCUGUGGCUAUGGUGUUGCUGGGCAGACUAACUAUGGUUUUGCAAAUUCUGCCAUGGAACGUAUCUGUGAGCAGAGAUGCCGAGAUGGCCUGGCAGGCCUAGCCAUACAGUGGGGCGCCAUUGGCGAUGUGGGUGUCAUCUUGGAAACCAUGGGCGACAAUGACACUGUAAUUGGUGGAACUUUGCCUCAGAAGAUCAACUCCUGUUUAGAAGUUCUAGACCACUUCCUGAACCAGUCUCAUCCGGUCAUGUGCAGUUUUGUCCUUGCACAGAAAGCAGUAGUUGUAAAGGCUGAUGGCAGUGGUCAACGGGACCUUAUUGAGGCUGUGGCCCACAUACUUGGUGCACGGGACAUCAAUGGUUUAAACCCAGAUACAACACUUGCUGAUCUUGGUCUGGAUUCACUGAUGGCAGUGGAAGUACGACAAACACUUGAGAGGGAUUAUGAAAUCGUCAUGACGAUGAGAGAAAUUCGACAACUCACCAUUAAUAAAUUACGUGAACUGGUGAAUAAAUCUGGCAGUGCAGGAGAAUCAAAGCCCACACCUCUGUCACCGGUAGACUCGCAGUUGAAAGAUUUGGACCUUAAUGUGCUCCUUGUCAAUCCUGAAGGAUCUACCAUUGCCAAGCUAAAUAACGUAGAAAGCAAUGAACGACCUCUCUUCUUUGUGCACCCAAUUGAGGGGUCAGUUGAGGCGUUCAAAGCACUUGCAUCCAAAGUCAGCAUUCCCUGCUAUGGCCUACAGUGCACGCAAGCUGCACCACUGGAUAGCAUUCCGAACUUGGCUUCCUAUUAUCUUGGCUGUAUUAAACAAGUUCAGCCUGAGGGGCCCUACAGAAUUGCUGGUUACUCGUUUGGGGCUUGUGUGGCAUUUGAAAUUUGCACACAGCUGCAAGCACAAGCGAACAUGCCUCGUCCUGUUGACUGCCUGAUCUUACUUGACGGCUCCCACUCGUAUGUGGCUUCCUAUACCCAGAGUUACAAAGCAAAACUGACGACUGGAAAUGAUGCUGAAGCAGAAACCAAAGCAAUGUGUGCAUUUGUUGGACAGUUCACAAACACAGAACAUAACAAGCUCUUUGAGAAAUUGCUGCCACUGGAGAACUUGCAAGCAAGGGUCAAUGCAGUUGUUGAUAUGAUCACCACAAACCAUAAAAGCAUCAACCGUAACACGCUUAGUUUUGCUGCUACUGCUUUCUACUACAAGCUUAAAGCAGCAGACGAAUACAUACCAGCUUCUAAAUUUGGUGGAAACAUCACAUUAUUGCGAGCAAAGACCACUCAUGAACUUCAAGAGGGUAUGGGUGGAGACUACCAACUCUCUGAGGUUUGUGAUGGAAAGGUCUUAAUUCACGUAAUUGAAGGAGAUCAUUGGACAUUCUUAAAGGGAGCGUCAGUCGAUUCUGUCGUCAGCAUAAUUCACAACACUUUGGCAGAGCCACGAGUUGCUGCCCGGGAGGGCUGAAAAAAAACGAUUUAUAUGUUGACCAAUCAGCCACGUUUCCUGGCGUGUGCAAUAGAUUGUACAGCUGUCGAGUCUUUUCACACAAUGAUGUUGCAAAAACUGUAAUUUUACAUUGGCUUAGUUGCAGUAAAUAUAGUACUUAACGGAGAAACUGGUACAUAGCUGGACCAAAAUGGGCAAACAAGAAAAAACUGACUGAUCUAUUUCUGAGACAUUCAUUGUCUAUGAGGAAAUAGAAGCUGAUGAUACUGCAGUUUUUGAUUUGUCCAGUUGAAUAGCUUGUAAAACAACAAUGUAAUGUGGAACCUACCAAGAGCAUGAUCCAUUCCUGUAUUUUUUUUUCACAAAAGUAAUGUUUAUAAUUUUUUUCUUUCAAAUUGUAAACUAUUUGUGUUUUGUGUGAGGAAUUAAAUAAAGGUCAAAUCUGACAUUUUUAGUAUGAAGUCUGGUGUUGCAAAAAAAGGGUAAAUUAGAACUGUUACAUGUGAAAUAGUUCCGAUGUUAAGUGCCUGGCUCUGAAUCAGAAGGUACAGAAUUUGAGUCCCAGGAAUCUCUUGUCAGUUUGAUUCAUCUGUCCAGAACAAAUGAAGCCAUUGGAUGAAACAAUAAGUGAGCUUGGCCACAGUGCUGGGGAAGAAAUAGGCCCCUUUAUCCUUGGGCUGUACCAAUGGCAGCAUCUGAUAGCAAAUGACAGUUGUAACAAAACCAAUAAUUUGGAGUCUCACGGCUUUGGAGGUGAAAGGUGCAAGAAACUGGGGACAGGGGGUGCUGGCCGAAGUCUUUUACUAAAGCAACGGAUGACACCUAGUCAGAAUUGUAAAACUUCUGCCUGGAGAAUCCAUGGCUGAUUAAUUGGGAAGCAGCAGAAAAUGUUUAUUUUCCUCCUUUUUAAUACUUGUCAUUGCCCCCUCAAAAGAACUGGGUCCGAUCAUUAGCAAAUGUUUCUGCACUCUUAAAUAAUUUGCAAAUUCAACAGAAUAGCCAUCUACAAAACCUAAGUCACACACAGGAGUCUCUAAUUCAAAACAAGGGACUUAAAUGAUGUGAGCAUUUUAAAUGGCCAAUUAAUGAUUCUGCGUUUUGUAAAAAGCUGCAGUGAAUCAGGAAAGCACCAAUGUGUAUGUUGCAUGUGUAAAGGUCAUCCACCUACAGAAUUCCUUUUAAUUGUUAAAAUGUUCACUUUUGAAAAUGUUGACCUUUAAAGUGGUACUACAUAAUCUGUUUUUAAACAUAAUACGCCAAAUAGUUUUACAUGGAGGGAUGAACUUUCAUUAAGUCAUGGAAGUGGUUAGAUCCUGCUGUUUGACAUGUCAUUGGCAAAUGCUCAUCUUUGAAUUUGUUUCGUGUAUUCUGUGACUUAUCACAUUUUACCCUGGUUUUGUAAAACAACUGCUUUAGGCCAUAUUCAUGGCAGACAUUUUUGUGGUAAUAAAAAGCAAUGUCUGGUUUAAAGUCCAAUUAAAGAACAGAAUAAUGAUUUAAGAAUGACUUUUUAGGAGGAAUCUCACUUAAUUAUAUAUUUGAAAGGAUUACGUAGCAUGUCAAUUUUUUGACAGUGCAGUACCUGUGCCAUUAAAACUGCUAUUUCCAAGUGAGGAUGUAAUUAAAUUUGACUAACUACAAAGCUUAAUUUCUAUCUGCUCCUCUGUCCCAGGUAUCCUGACUGCUGUAGAUUAUGAUCAUACAAGACAAAUUGUAGUUAUAAUAUGUAUUAUUCUAGCCAAGGCAUUGCAAUUUGUAGCAUCAAAUAUCAAAUAAAACUUCAAAUCACUUUCAAUUUAAAUUAAA